AUUAUUAUUAUUAUUAUUAUUAUUAUUAUGUUGCAAUUGGCCAGUUUGGUUAGCUUUGAAUACCUUUGCAGCUUCAAUGCCUGGCUGCUUUGUACCUGAACAUGCCAUAGAUAUAUAAACUUGUUUAGUUUCCCACAAACCUCACAACCUCUGAGGAUGUCUGCCAUAGAUGUGGGUGAAACAUGGCCAUACAGCCCAGAAAACACACAGCAACCUAUUCACAACUCCCUCCCUAGCGAUAUUAGUUCAGCCCCCUCCCUCCUAACCUUUAGGAAGAGAAUAAAAACUUUGGGAGCAGGCUUUUGAUAAAUAGCGUAGUGCAAAAAAAUAUUUUUUUUUAACCUGGAAAUUGUGCGAUGGAUUUUGGAACGGCUUUAGACCUUGCCUUUGGAUGACAUAUCUCAUAUUGGAAUGUAUUUUAAUUAUGUUUUAUCUCUGUUUUAAUUUUUAUAAUUCCUUCUCAUGUCUGUGUUCUAUGCCCAAGGUGUUGUAUAGGUGCCGUUUGUAAGCCGCCUUGAGUCCCCCUCGGGGUAGAGAAAAGUGGGAUAUAAAUAUGGUAAAUAAAUAAAUAAAUACAUUUAUCCUCCCCGCAAUGGCUUUUAAGUGUCUGCAUUGAUCCUCCUGGCUCCCAGAACAAAGGGCAGAGAACCCAUAAAGAAGGAGAGGCUCUUGCUGCUAUGGCUCAGAUGUUCCUCCCCCCACAGUCUCCUGGUGGGGUGCAAAGUAUUCCGGAAGAAGGUCUGCAGGUGUAGCUAUCCCUGCCUGGAGCCCUCCAUCCUCCCCCCUCUCCCUCCCUGCCUGCCAGCCUCCCACCUUCCCCUCCGCCGCCCCUUUCCUCUGGAUUGGGAUUCAGCACCACGUUGUUGGACAGCUCCUUCUCCGGCCCCUUCCCUUCCCUCGCCUUCCUGCGCGAGUUUGAUCCCCGCUCCCGGGAUCCGGACAGCUCCCCCGGCGAGCUAAUAAAUGCUUGCCAAGCUGCCUGCUUGACAUCCAUCCAGCCUGCCUUGGAGGAGUUUCCAACGCGGAUUCCAAAGAGGCUGCCAGCACCAGGGCAGCUCCGAAGCGAGGCAAAUGAGGCGCCUUCAGCACCAGGGCGGCUGUGGACAGCUCCUUGUGCAAGCGGAGAGGCAUCCGAGGAGCAGAGGCGCCUCUGCCCCUUGACGGAGGUGGCCUCCCCACAGCAACGGAGGAAAGAAAGGAAAGGACAGCAAAGAAGUUCAGCUGCCUGGCUCGCCUGGGAAACCACGAAAGCAUCCAGCACUGAAGGAAGAAGGGAAGAGACUGAGAGACUGAGAGAGAGAGAUGCGUCUCUCCUCGCCUAACAGGUGUCUCUACUUGGCAAGGUGUUGUGCACUUCCUCCACCACAGUGGCUUGCAAAAGUACAUCUUCUCACAGUGAUUGCUUCUCCUACAAUUUGUCUGAAGCUAAAGCUCCCUCAAGUGAGCCCUUGAACUCGGUGCUUGGUCCUCUCAGUCAUCUGUCCUCUUGGUGACAGCUUGGACACUUGUCCCUGCUUCAGUUGCCCACUGCAAAUGACACAGCACUCAAGACCUUUGCCCUGACUAGGGGCCCCUGGUGUUUUAGGGGGGCUUUUCCUGCCUCUUUGGAGCAGCACAAUGGCCUUUUCUCCCACUCUAUGGAUUCUGCUGGUCUGUCCCAUUGUCUGCCAUGCCGCCAGUCACAAUCCUAGCUCUAGCUAUAGUGUGACAACCAAGAAGGAGAUCAGCUUGGAAGGAGACCUGGUCAUUGGAGGCCUGUUUCCAGUUCAUGAAAAAGGCAACCCUACAGAAGAGUGUGGCAAAAUCAAUGAACACCGUGGCAUCCAACGUCUUGAGGCCAUGUUGUUUGCCCUAGAUGAAAUCAACAAAAACCAGCAUAUUCUUCCAGGCAUCAAGCUAGGGGCGCACAUCUUAGACACCUGUUCCAAGGAUACCUAUGCCUUAGAGCAGUCACUGGAUUUCGUCCGUGCCUCUCUCACCAGGGUCGAUGGCUCUGAGCACAUCUGCCCUGACGGGUCCUACGCCAUCCACGAUGAUGUCCCUCAAGCUAUCACUGGGGUUAUUGGAGGCUCCUACAGUGACGUCUCAAUCCAGGUGGCUAAUCUACUGCGACUGUUCCAGAUCCCCCAGAUCAGCUAUGCUUCCACCAGUGCCAAGCUCAGUGACAAGUCUCGCUAUGAUUAUUUUGCUCGCACCGUCCCACCAGAUUUCUACCAGGCUAAGGCUAUGUCUGAGAUCCUGAGGUUUUUUAACUGGACCUAUGUUUCCACGGUGGCCUCGGAAGGUGACUAUGGAGAAACAGGCAUUGAAGCUUUUGAACUGCAAGCCCGGGCCCGUAACAUUUGUAUUGCUACCUCUGAGAAAGUGGGGCGAUCCAUGAACAAGAAGACUUUUGACGGGGUGAUUAAGGCACUGAUGCAGAAGCCCAGUGCAAAAGUGGUAGUUCUGUUCACCCGAAGUGAGGAUGCACGGGAGUUGUUGGCAGCUGCCCAGAGGAUCAAUGUUUCCUUCACAUGGGUAGCAAGUGAUGGCUGGGGUGCUCUUGAGAGUGUAGUGGCUGGUAGUGAACCAGUGGCUGAGGGAGCUAUAACGAUUGAAUUAGCAUCCUAUCCAGUACAGGAAUUUGCUGUGUACUUUCGGAACCUUGACCCAUACAACAACAGUCGAAACCCAUGGUUCCGGGAAUUUUGGGAACACAAAUUCCAGUGCAGCUUCCACCACCAAAACUGUAGCCGCUUCUCCCUGAAAACAGGAAAGUUUGAGCAAGAAUCAAAGAUUAUGUUUGUAGUCAACGCAGUCUACGCAAUGGCCCAUGCCCUGCACAACAUGUACCAAGCGCUGUGCCCAAAUGCCACCAAGCUUUGUGAUUCCAUGAAGCCAGUGAAUGGCAAGAGAUUCUACAAGGAGUUCAUGCUCAAUGUGACAUUUGAUGCUCCAUUUCGGCCAUCAUUAGACACCAAAAGUACAGUUCGAUUUGACAGUUGUGGAGAUGGAAUUGGCCGCUACAAUAUCUUUAAUUACCACAGAAGCAAUGGGAGAUAUCACUAUCAGAAAGUUGGCUACUGGGCAGAAGGGCUCAUCCUUGACACAAGCCUUAUUCCAUGGGUGAAGACCUCAAUCCCUGUUUCCCAGUGCAGUGACCCUUGCAAGAAGAAUGAGAUGAAGAGCAUGCAGCCAGGAGACAUGUGCUGUUGGAUAUGCAUUCCGUGCCAGCCUUAUGAGUAUCUGGUGGAUGAGUUUACAUGCCAAGACUGUGGUCCUGGCUACUGGCCCAAUGAGACAUUAAAUGGAUGCUAUGAGCUACCCCAAGAGUACAUCCGCUGGAAGGAUGUCUGGGCUAUUGGACCUGUUACUAUUUCUUGCCUUGGUUUCAUCUCCACGAUGUUUGUUUUUGGGGUCUUUGCUAAGAACAAUGACACUCCCAUUGUGAAGGCUUCUGGUCGUGAACUGUGCUACAUCCUGCUCACUGGGGUAUUGAUGUGCUACAGCAUGACAUUCAUCUUCAUUGCCAAGCCCUCCACUGCAGUCUGUACCUUGCGUCGCCUAGGACUGGGUACCUCCUUUGCUGUCUGCUAUUCCGCUCUCCUGACCAAGACAAACCGUAUCGCUCGUAUCUUCAGUGGGGUGAAAGAAGGUGUGCAACGCCCCCGGUUCAUAAGCCCCACUUCACAGGUGGUUAUCUGCAUGGCUCUCAUUUCUUGCCAGCUAAUUAUUGUUGUCAUCUGGCUCAUGGUGGAAACUCCUGGCACACGAAAGGAGACAGAGCCAGACAAAAGAUACAUUGUCACUCUCAAGUGCAACAACCGAGAUUCAAGUAUGCUGAUUUCACUUACCUACAACGUCCUCUUGAUCGUCUUAUGUACAGUCUAUGCCUUCAAGACCAGGAAAUGUCCUGAAAAUUUCAAUGAGGCCAAGUUUAUUGGAUUCACCAUGUAUACCACAUGCAUCAUCUGGUUGGCCUUCCUGCCCAUCUUCUAUGUCACCUCCAGUGAUUACCGGGUCCAAACUACCACAAUGUGUAUCUCAGUAAGCCUCAGUGGCACAGUGGUCCUUGGUUGCCUCUUUACACCGAAGCUACAUAUCAUCCUCUUCCAGCCCCAGAAGAACGUAGCCAGUCACCGGGUUUCCACCAAUCGGUUUAGUGUGACAGCUGUGGGCUCCAGCCAUUCGCAUGGGUCAUCUUCUCAAUAUGUCCCAACUGUGUGUAAUGGCCGUGAAGUGGUGGACUCCACAACGUCAUCCUUGUGAACACCUGUGUUCUCCAUCAGUGAUUGUGUGUUGCCUCUGUGCUCAUUCCCUAUGAACACAUGCCUUUUAUUUUCCCACUGGGCCUUUUGCUUCCUUAAAAAAAACCUUGUUUCCUAAACUUACUUGUUGGAUAUGCUUUUCCCAACAAAAUGAAAUAGGCACAAGAGAACUGAGACUAAACCUUUGUCCCCUAAAGUCCAGCAUCAAUAAAAUGCUACAGGAAAACCUGAGCAUAGUCUGGAACAUAUCUAUAAAGUGGCCCAUGACGUACCUUUAUGGUAUGGAUAAAGAACUGAACAAAAUGGAAUUCGUAGCUGUUCACCUGGACAACACGAUGGCAUUCUAUUUUUAAAAAAAUCUAUGUAUGUAUUAAUCUUCCUCUAUCUCUUCCAAGACUUGAAAAAGAAUGAUGAUGCUUUGUUUACCAUUCCACAAGUCCUGAAACUUCUUCUCAAAACACAAAACAAUACUUCUGCUAUUAGAGGAAGAGGGAAGAUCAAUAGCUACAAACUCUGAAAGAAUAUGAAGGAAUCUACAGUAUUAUCAAUAGAAGAGAUGGGAUAAAACAAUCUUCCGCUUUUAAAAGCUGACAGCACACACAGAUACUUACAGUGACUCAAAACAUAAAUAGAUGAAUUCUUAUGGUUGCCUGUUGCUUUGCAGGCAUAGUCCCAGCAGAGAUGCUACCUAAAACAAACCGAACUGUGACAAUAUCUAAGAAAAAAAGAGAAUCACAUCUGGUUUUUGAUCUGACAGUUUACUCUGCUGAGUAAAGCAGAUGAAUCCAGGAAACAACACAUAAGAGGAGACUACAGCAUUGCCUGUAAUGAUAACAACAGAAAUACAGAAAGAGGGGAUCACUGAAAAAUAUCUCCCAAUACUUGCUCUGGUAAGGGACUGUCAGUAAUUAAGUUCAGAAAUAAGGAGAUAACCAGUUCUUUGACCAAUAAGAAGAGGCCUGAAUGUGCAAUGAUGCAACGAUUGACCAAAAAUCCCGAAGGCUGCUUCUGCAUUGUCUAGGAUGUAGGAAAAAGAUGCAGAUCUUGGCAUGAGAGCUCAUCAUAGAGGCAAAAGGCCCUUGUAGGAUUCAUUCACAUAACAAUGGUAAAUAACAAAGGGCAAAAUACAUUGCUGGCAUACAUUUAUGGGAUCAGAUUUCCACAUUUCUUAGUGAUUGAGAUUAAUCUGUAGAGAGAUUGUGGGUCUUACUGUAGAACCAUGGAAGAAGAGUUUAUCCAGAAAAGUGUAUUUCAAACCUCAGCCAAUUCAGCACAGCUGCAAAAUGGCAGAGGCACGUUGGACAAAAUCCUCACUGGUAGAAUGGGAAUGGGAGGAGAAUACCUUUCUGACAAAGAGCCUAUAUUGCUGCUUGCCUUCUACACUGACAUUUUGUAGGGACUAAUGACUACCAUCCUAUUCACACAUGCAUUUUACUACCAGCUGCUUGCCAUUUUUAAACCUGCUCAUUCACCCCUAAAAUGUUAGGUAAGCUCUUUUUUUGUGCCAGGUCCCUAAUGGGGAAAAUGCAUAGUAGCCUUCAAAGAGCUCCUAGUAAAAGAAGAAGCAGAGAGCUAUGGAGAAACUUCUGUAAAUAGUAUGGUCAGGAAAGAUUAGCAGGGAGAUGUGUCCAUUCUUUUGUAGACCCUUGAGUUCAUAUGUACAUGCCCUAUUCUCAGCUGGUAUGCUAUGGUUGCUGUUUAAUAACUGUAUUCUUUCUGUACAGAUUUCUGUACUCUACAAGCUACAUGCUAAAUUGCUCAAAAUGCACUUCACUUAAUGGAAAAAGCUGCCUUGUCUCCCAUUCCUCCCUGCACUUCUUCCAUUCUAACUAAACCUUCUAUGUAGGUGUACAAACAGUGGAUUUGUAUUAACUAUUCAUGUUAAGUGGCUGAGAAGUGCAUAGCAAAACUCUCAAUCUGUUGGACCCCAGAUCUUGCCAGACUAUAACUUUAUGAAUCUUUCAACAUUGGCUGUGCUGGCUAGGAUCUCUGAGAACUGAAGUCUUAACAUUAUCUAUAAGUCCAGAUUGGGAACCACAGGACCAUACCUUUCUGUAUCUAUCUAAGAUGCUGUUACAAUCUCAUUCCUCAUAAAAUGUAUGAAGUAGGGUUGGGCACCUGGAGCCCUAUAGCUAGGGUUGGACUCCUUCCAUCAGUCCUAAUCAGUGGAGAAGAAUCAUGGGAGCAGUAAUGGAAUAACUAAUUGAAGGCAACAGCCCGUCCAGUCCUGCCUUGCAUCUUUGAUGUGACACACAAAACAAGGACAAGUCUUUCAGCAAACACUACAACAAUCUCUUCCAUUAUGUAAAGGGGGAUUUGGACAUAGGUAGAUUAGUCCAUUUCAAUAUAUAUAUAAGGAUCUGGUACAUCUUUGUGACUAAAAAAAAAAUCUAACAUAAGCUUUUCUGGACUCCAGUUCACUUGUUGCAUCUGAUAAAGUGGACUGAACCCAAUGAAAAUUUAUGCUAGAAAUUUCUUUUUCUCCAUUAGCCUAGCCUAAAAUAUGUUACAGAUAUUCUUUAUGUCUUUCUAUUAUGUAAAGAAGGAAAGAUUUCACUCUAGAAGAUUCCACCGAUACAGACCUGUAAUAGAGCACAUGAAGCUGACUCACUGUCAAAACAGGCUUGGUUCCCUACCCCUAUCUCUUAGAUGGAGGGAUUAAGAAUCUUUGCCACUUGCCAGCUAAUUCUGAAUUCUGUCUAGGGUCUCAUUAUCACCUUCUGGUCAACAGAGUGCCCAGCUUACAAAAGUAAUCUCUUUGUUAAUUCUAAGCAGCAUUUAUUAUUACACUUGGGAGAAAUCCUGCUCAGUCAUGGAAACCCUUGGGUAUCUUAUGCUCUCCUAGCCUCAGAGGAAGGCAAAGGCAAGCCAUCUUUGAACAAAGGUUGCCAAGAAAAUCCCUUGAUAGAUUUACCUUUGGGUCAUCAAAAGUCAGAAACAGCUUGAUGGCAUACAAAACAAUUUCCAGUACCAGCAUAAAUUAGCAUUUUAGGGCAGCAUUGCGGGUAUGCUGAAAGCAGCCUGCUAAUAAUUAUUUUGUCUUUUUAUCUUCUCCCCACACCCACUCAUCUUGUCCACUGACCAAUAAAAAUAAACUAUUCUAGAUGGGCCCGUGAACACUAGAUGCCCGUGUUCAUCGACCCUAUGGUUUCCUAGAAAUUAUAACUAUUCUGCCUGCUCCAUCUCCAAGGAGGGUCAGGCUAGUGCACCACCCUUGGGUGCAGUUGUUUACAUUCCAGGGCAUCUGGCAUUGUUCCCUCCUUGAUGUGUUUAGUAGCUAGGUUAAAGUAUAUCCUUUUAAAGCUAUAUUGCCAGGCCAAGAAGUUGGCAACAGAAUAUUCUCUAGGCUGUAACACUGGCCAGACUCUUGUGUUACAAUAGUGCUGGAAAUUUGAUAGGUUUGAGUAUACAUAGUGCUGCUUGAUGAAGACCCAUUUUUUCAGUACCAAUAGUCAUACCAGUAUCUAUUAUAGGCAGCUGCUAUAAAGUGUACUUUCUAGAUAAACCACACUGUAUUGCCAAUCUAAAGCACCAAACCAAGGAUGGGACUCAUACAGUCCCGCAGAUAUUGCUGGAUUGCCACUCUCAGAAAGCCUAGCCCACAUAACUCAUAGUGGGAAUUGUAGUUCAAGCUUUGGAUAAAGGUGCCUGCUUUGGUGCCUCAGAUUGACAAUAUAUUGCAAUUUACCAAUAGGUUGCAAAGUGGAAGCAAGAUGAAUAAGGAAUGCAUGAACACUGGCUUCUUUGCAUCAUAAUGGGCCAAUGUAGGCUACAUUUUCUUUGCCUAUGAUUUGCACCAAAUCAAAAUCAGUAUGGCAGCACUAAUCGGGGUGAACUGUUGAGUCCACAAGGGAUCCGAGGUUCCUACUGCUACUUGGCCUGAUCGCUCUCUUUACACAAAAAGGCAGCUGGCUUUGCAUACCACAGUGUUUGCUCUGUUUAUGCUAAAUACACUAAGCCUAGAUUCUCUUUUGGUGAAGGUCCACAAAAGAUGUAUUAGUGAGAAAUGGCAAAGGAGAUGCCAUCAAUCAAAGGUUUUGAAACCUAGUGCUAUUUUUGCGGUAUAAUCUCAGUUCAACUCUGAUGCUUGACAAUCAUUUGGAAGGAAGUUCUUCUCUGUGAACGGUUGGAAUACUUGUUCUCUAGCAGAUGAAGAAAAUGAAAUUUCCCAUUUAAUUCUCUCUAUUGGGGGGGGGGGACAGAAAUGGUAUGCUUGCUAUUACUGUGCUAUGUGAUUAGCAAAUUUGUUCAGGGAAAAACCAAAGAGCAUGGAUGGAGUAGGGAAUAUUUCAAGGCCUUAGUAACUCAUCAUAAGGGAAGUUAAAUGAAAAUGUCAGAAGCACAAUUUUACUUCUUUGGGGGGGGGGGAAUCAAUUUAUAGAAGCAUUCUGCACUGCAUGGUUUCCAAACCCAGGAAGGUGUGCCCCUGUGUACAAACUCUUGGCCUCAUUCUUGCCUCGGGGACAAACAGUUCUCCCUAAAGCUUGUGGGGGAAGGUGAAGCUACCUCACAAUCCCAGGAAGAUUCAUAUUUCAAGUGAUGGGAUUGUUUCAAUUUUUUAAAAAGUCAAAAUUAACUGACUCAAAGGCUGAAUGAUUUCCCCCCUCUACAAAUAUCACAUGUAUCAUCUUCCUGAUGGGACCUGCAAUAGAAUGGCAUCUGCGGUAGUCAAAGUGAUGAAGACACUGAAAACAGGGACUUGGGUGUCUAAAAGGUAUUUGCAAAUUGCAGUAUUUCCUGUGUAUUCAUUUAAGUGUUUGAACCAAGCAACGUGUUAUGACAAGUUACAGUAGAAGUGUUUUUUUAAAGCAAUACUUAAUAGGUAACAUUACAAAUGUUGUGUCAGUGCCACUUUUUAAAAACAGAACAGUAAACCUAUGGCAUGUCCAUUUUAGAUUUCUUCCACAAUUUUGUGACAACUUGAGGCAUUUACAAUAUAACGUGCAUUUGCCUCACCUGUCAUCCAUAUUGACAACCUAUAUGAACUAUUGUUAAGUGCCACAUCUCAUGACUCUGAACACAGUAGCAGGAUGAAGACAGGUGAAUCUUUCCCCCGUGCUGUAGAAAUGGAAUUUGCAAGAAUCUCUCAUUAAAUACAUCAAUUGGGCGAAUGCCCAUGUGUUCUUAAUAAUGCAUUGAGUGACUGAUUUUUUGAACCAUAAUUUUAGAUACCAAUUCAGCACCAGAUCCCUAGAAUGAUGCAAUAUUACAGGGCACCAGAAUUAAAGUUCUAGACAGAGGUGUUUAUUUCAAUGACUGCACAGCUCUGAGAAAAAUGCAAAACAGUAAACGUAUCACUUUUUUAGAGUUAAGAGGCUAGAAGACAAAGAUGGCAAACCUCUUCUGAAAAAAUCUUGCCAAGAAAACCCUAAGAUAGGAUCACCAAAAGACAGAAUCGACUUGAAGGCACACUCACAAUACAUUUCAAUACAGCUUUUGAGUACUGUUUAAACUACUAUAAAAUGUGGGAUUGCCAAUUUUUUCUCCUAGCAUUGCACCAGUGCCUUCAAGAAACAGGCAUUUUUACACUGAAGGACAGAUUCUUCUCUCAUUACAAAGAAAAGCACAUUUCCCAGUUUUUUUUAAUGUUGAACUUCUAUUAAUAAAAGACGUAAAGGGCCAGUAAAAGCAACACAUACAUCACGGAAAACAUUCAAUGAAAUACUCAAACCUCACACCCAUUACACUAUGUAAAACAAUUUUUGUUCCUGGAUUAUAAACAUCAUUUCCUAAUUGGUUUUAUCAUAAAAACAUGGAAAAAAAUUAUUAACCUGGAAAAACUUUGUUUUUCUGGGACAUCCUGCAGCACAUUUUGCUAUAUUUUUAAUGAAUAUCUCAUAGUCUCAACCAAUUCACCAUUGUUUGUGGCAGCCACAAAAACAAAGUUUCCAGAAUAUAACAACUACUUUCAAAGUAAGUAUCACACAAUUAAACAGGAAAUAAACACUUUCAAACCAGGAACAGAUUUUUUUUCAAAUGUUGUUACAUAGUGUUAUUUUCCUCCAGAAUAGCAUAUACAAGCACGGUACUAACAGUGCCCCUUUCCAAUUGCCAACACCAGGUGGGAUGAAGAAUCUAUAGCAGUUAAUACAAGGGGGUGGGUAGGGAGAUAAGAGGGAGAAAGUGCUCCUGCUGCUACAAAAAUGCUGUUUGAAAAACGAGAAUGUGAGCUUUAUUUGAAUUAAAGAAAGUGUUAUUGUGAUUCAUAUUGUUCGAAAAACAAACCAAGAGUUUAAAGUAGUUUUUUGUGUGGACAAGUUUGUGAUUUUUUUGUAAUUUAUGUAAAUAAAGUGCUUUUUUAUUACUGAA